AUGGUGCAGAUGCUGACGAUCGUCGUGGUGAUUCUAGCGAAGACAAAACCUUCUUAUACAGCGCCUUCUCCCCGCGGCGGGCAAUGGACGGUUCUGGUAUUGCUCGUCUGUACCUUCUUAUCGAUAUCCGAGUUCCGCACAUGGCUCAAAGGCACCGAGAAGCAGCACUUCAGCGUUGAAAAAGGAAUCUCCCAUGACCUGCAGCUGAACCUGGACAUUGUCGUCCACAUGUCCUGUGACAUGCUAGACGUGAAUAUCCAGGAUGCUUCAGGCGACCGCAUUCUUGCCGGUCAGCUGCUGAAACGCGAGCCCACGAGCUGGCAGCUGUGGAUGGACAAGCGCAAUUACGAGACCUACGGCGGUGCCCACGAAUACCAGACCCUCAGCCAGGAGCACGCCGAUCGUCUAUCGGAGCAGGAAGCCGACGCGCAUGUGCACCAUGUUCUCGGCGAAGUGCGGAGGAAUCCCAGGAAGAAGUUCGCCAAGGGACCCAAGCUGAGGAGGGGCGAUGCUGUUGACUCGUGUCGGAUCUAUGGCAGUCUGGAGGGAAAUAAGGUGCAGGGUGACUUCCACAUUACGGCACGGGGACACGGGUACCAUAACAACGCACCUCAUCUGGAGCACAAGACCUUCAACUUCUCGCACAUGAUCACCGAGCUCUCCUUCGGCCCUCACUAUCCGACCCUCCUCAACCCCCUCGACAAAACCAUCGCCACAACCGAAGACCACUACUACAAGUACCAGUAUUUCCUCUCCAUUGUGCCAACCAUCUACUCCAAGGGCAACCUCGCACUAGACACCUACGCCAACGCUCCGCCCUCAAACCGCCGUGGCAAAAACCUCGUCUUCACCAACCAGUACGCGGUCACCAGCCAGUCCAGCGUGAUUCCAGAAAGCCCCUACUUCAUCCCAGGCCUCUUCUUCAAGUACAACAUCGAGCCCAUCCUGCUGCUGAUCAGCGAGGAGCGCACUAGUUUCCUGUCCUUGCUUGUGCGGCUGGUUAACACCGUCUCUGGGGUUAUGGUGACAGGUGGCUGGUUGUAUCAGAUGUCAGGGUGGCUCGGUGAGCUGCUGGGCAGGAGGAGGAGAAGGGGCAAGUCGGAGGGUGUUCUUACAGGGCGCCACGAGGCGGACGAUUGA